AAUGUCUACGCAGGUGAGCCAAGGAAAUUUGACCCCACAUUUAAAGGGCCGAUUUAUAACAGGGGCUGCACAGACAUUCUCUGUUGUAUCCUGUUCAUCUUGGCCUUGCUGGGCUACUUUGCAGUCGGGAUUCUGGCAUGGUCUCAGGGCGACCCCCGGAAAGUGAUUUACCCGACGGACAGUAAGGGUCAGUUUUGCGGACAGGUCGGCUCCCCACUCGAGAAGAAGCCCCUGCUGUUCUACUUCAACAUCAUGAAGUGUGCCAGUCCUCUGGUCCUGCUGGAGUUUCAGUGUCCCACCACUCAGAUCUGCGUGGAGAGAUGUCCCAAUAAAUUCAUGACUUUAGUGAAAGCUUUAAAAAACGAAGAAGACAGGGAAUACUACAAGCAAUUCUGCAAGGAGGGGGUUGACAUGAUCAGGAACGCUCCUGAAAUCCUGAAGGAUGGCUUGUGCCCUUCAAUACUCACACCUAGCAAGAAUUUCACACGGAGAUGCUUGCCCGCUCUGGAGACCUUGAAAGGUGGCGUAGUUGUGGUUGGCAACAAAACCGCGUUCACAGAUGAUAGCGGACAAAAUAUAAAUGCAACAGAUCUCCUUGAAGCCUCAAAGAAGUCCAAUGUUGUGGUCGAGGCCCGGGCAGUAGCCAUGAGGAUCUUUGAGGACUAUACUCAGUCCUGGCACUGGAUACUCCUUUGUUUGGUGAUCGCUGUGGUGCUGAGUCUGAUCUUCAUCGUUCUCCUGCGUUUUCUGGCUGGAGUCAUGGUCUGGGUCAUGAUCCUCAUGGUCAUCAUUGUCGUUGCCUGUGGCAUUGCUUACUGCAGCAUAAAGUACGUUAAUCUGAAGGACACGCCUGGUUCUAACAUCACCCUGCAGCAGCUGGGCUUCCAGCCUGAUUUCUCCGUGUACCUGCACAUCAGACAGACCUGGCUGGCCUUCAAGCCAGUGAGGAACCAUCUCAAAUGCACUAGCGGCACACUAAAAACUACCCUUAGCGACACGCCUGGUUCUAACAUCACCCUGCAGCAGCUGGGCUUCCAGCCUGACUUCUCCGUGUACCUGCACAUCAGACAGACCUGGCUGGCCUUCAUCGUGUUUGUUUUCUUCUCUUUCAGGGCUGUCGGUUAUGUGAUGUCUUCUCUGUUUUACCCUAUUUUUACCUUCUUCCUCCUGACCAUAGUCAUCGCGUACUGGGGCAUCACUGCAGUUUUCCUCUCUACCUCCAGUGAACCUGUUUAUAAGGUUUUCAAUGAAACCGUUUGUUCACAUGCUAGACAAACCUGCAACCCUGAGAACUACACUCUCUCUGCUAUGAAGACAGACUGUCCGCAGUCCGAGUGCCUGUUUGCUUUCUAUGGUGGGGAAACACCAUAUCACAAAUACCUGAUCUUGCUCCAGUUCUACAACGUCUUCCUGUUCUUCUGGUGUGCAAACUUUGUCACUGCUCUGGGUCAGAUGACUCUGGCUGGGGCGUUUGCAUCCUACUACUGGGCUCCUAACAAACCCGGUGACAUGCCUGCAUUCCCGCUGUGUUCCUCUCUGGGCAGAUCCCUCAGAUAUCACACAGGCUCUCUGGCGUUCGGUUCUCUCAUCCUCGCCAUCGUCCAGGUUAUAAGGGUUCUGCUGGAGUAUAUUGACCACAAACUCAAGGGAGCAGAGAAUAAAUUUGCCAAGUUCUUGUUGUGCUGUUUGAAAUGCUGCUUCUGGUGCCUGGAGAAGUGCAUCAAGUUCAUAAACAGGAACGCGUAUAUUAUGGUGGCCAUAUACGGUAAAAACUUCUGCCGGUCAGCACGUGAUGCCUUCUUCCUCCUCAUGAGAAAUGUAAUCAGGGUGGUAGUCCUGGAUAAAGUCACUGAUUUCAUCUUAUUCCUUGGAAAACUCCUUAUCGUGGGGCUUGUGGGGAUCUUCGCUUUCUUUUUCUUCUCAGGACAGACAGAUGCGUUUAAGGGCGCUGCACCCAGUCUCCAUUACUACUGGGUUCCUAUUUUGGUGAGUGACUAUAAAUGAAACCGAAAAAGCAUU